AUGACAGAUCCUCUGACUUGCUUAAGGAUGUACAAUAUUAACAAAAAGGAAAUCAUAUCUAAGGGCAAUUACAUAUUAUUUGGUGACUUAUAUUGGUCAAAAACUGUUAAUACAAACUACUUGAAGUUUGGAUCUGGUAAAGACGUUGCACCAAAAGAGUAUUAUACAUUGGAAUGUCUGUUAUUUUUAUUAAAUAACGUUACUCUCGCACAUCCAGCGUAUGUGCAACAUGCAGCUGCUGAAAAUAUACCAUAUAUAAAAAGACCCGACCGAAAGAAACUUCUAGACUACUUAAAUGGUGAACUAUCUACAUCUCCUAGUAUCGAUAUCAGCGCUCCUGUUGAAGCUCCAACUAACAUAUUAUUAGUACCCAUACCGAUUUAA